AUGGGCAAGCACGCUGAAGUAAGCCUNCGGCACUCGGAAUCUAUAAAGCGAUUUCUUUAUAAGAAACUUAGCCUAGAAUUUGAUGAACUAUUGACAAAGACUACGAUAGGAAAAUUUUUUGAUUCAAUCACGAUUAAAGAUAUGCACUUGGGAACAGAGUUUCCAGAUAUUAAAGAUAUCACUGUAGACAGUGUCAAGUUGGAUAAGAAAGAAGGCUAUAUAGAAACAGUUAGUUUAUCGUUGAAUGUAGAUUACACUGGAAAUUUUAUGUUGAGUAUAGAUGGUAGAAUGAAGUUUGGAAAAACAGCCUACCUAUCAAUAAAAGUUAAAAGGAUAAGUGGGCAGGCAAGAUUGCAGUUUUCGAGACAACCAUACACACACUGGUCUUUCAGUUUUUAUUCAGACCCACUUCUGGAUCUAGCAGUUGAAUCCCACUUUCAAGGAAGACAACUCCAAUCUAAUAUCACCAAUCUCAUUGUAAAUCAAAUUAAAAAGGCAAUUAAAAGGAAACACACCUUACCAAAUUAUAAAAUAAGAUAUAAACCUUUCUUUGUAAAAACUGACCCUAGUCAGUUAGACCUAGAAGAUAACGAAAUUGUUCCACAAGGACAACUAGAAGUAACUUGUGUUGAGAUAUCACGCCUCUCUCUGCUUCCCAAUGUCCAAAGUAUUUAUUGUACAGUAGCUGUAGAUGUCAUUCCUUGGAUUUCACUAUAUAAUAGAGAUGACACCUUGUACAUGACUCUAGAAAUAACCAUGACCAAAGUCCGACAAGCACAGUUAGGAGUGAUAUUUAAACAAGAACAAGGAUUAGUUCUAGUAGACAGUGUAUCACCUCAUAGUAUUGCAUUCAAGUCCGGUUUAAGACCAAAUGACAUUGUAUUAGCUGUCGAAAAUCGUACUGUUCAGACAGUACCUCAGGUGGCAAAGUUUAUAAAAUCAAUAUCCUCGGCAAACAUAACAUUGAAGAUCGAACGAGUAGCUGAAAAUUAUAUUCUUAAAUCAAAAUAUAACGAUGAGACUGAGAUAAAAAUUACCUGCCCAACCCCAGAGGCUGUAGAAGAGACUGAUUUGACGCAGAAUGAACAAGAUAAUUUUGUUCUGGUUGAAAAUGUUAAGGAUACAAGGAAAAGGGUUCCAAAAAUAAUGCCUUCAAACGAAAAUAUGGCUAAAAUUGCACAAACAAUUGGAAAUUUCAGCCUAAGGAAACGUAAAACGUCUUUGUCAGAACCGAGUAGUGCUAAGAAUACUCCUACAUCCAGUAAUCCUAGUACUCCGCAACACUCCAUUUUGAAACAACACUCGGUGCAAAUGCCUGCAUCAGCAAAGAAAAAUUCUCUCUGCGAAUUAGCGGAGAUUGUUAGGACUGAUACUGAAAGUUCUAGUUCAGAAGCAUCAAGUCAUGUGGAGGUACAUAAAAGUAAAGAGGUACCAACAGGAACAGUUCUUCAGUUCAAUGAAGACUUUCAGUUCCCUUUAAAAGAAACUUUAAAGUACCUCAACAUAAAUGUUUGGGCAACUGUCAGUGAUGACAGGGAUUUACUUUUAGGUUAUACAAAUAUUCCAAUAAGUCACGUUUUGAGUGAAUGCUGUAACAGUUUCCUAGGACACUAUAUGCGUUGUUACUCUUUUUUGCCACCGAACAACAUUAUACCAAAUAAUCAAACUCAUCCUUUAUUACUUCACUCAGGAUUCGAACAUGUAUUUUGUUAUGGUGAUAUACUACUAGCCUUUGUGUGGACUCAUGAUGAAGAUAUUGAGUUGAAGAAGAAAAUGUCUGAAGUCACUAUAGAAAAUGAUAACAAACCAAUAAAUUCCACGGGCUCUAUUCAGCAUGACUUCAUUCGGACUCAGUUUCAUCGCACUACCCACUGUGAUUUCUGUUCUAAGAAGAUUUGGUUGAAAGAUGCUGUUCAGUGCAGACAGUGUGGUUUGUGUUGCCACAAAAAAUGCAUUGUCAAAUGUCAGAUGAGCACCGGUUGCAAUCCAAAUAUGAAAACCGAUGUUUUGGUAUCAGAUGUCAUUCUUCAACCAGAAAUCACUAUGACAGAAGUGGCAGAAGAUAUAACUGAUGCAAAAAAUCUUGGAAAUGGCCUGAAAAGAGUUAACAGUGUUAACAAUUUGGCUAUACCAGGAUCCCAGCUCAUUGGAAGUACCUCCAGAAGUUUGCCACCCUCUCCGCAAAGAACUCCUAGUAGAAAGCAAUCGCUGGUUUCUAUUAAUCCGUUCACAAUGUGUCCUGAAGUUUUAGAAGAGGUUCAAAAAAAUCCUAGCGAAGCCUCUGAUCACGUUAGUAGACUCUUGGAACAGGUGAUGCAAUGCCCUCCUGAUGAAGUUUUAAUGGAUUCAGCAAAAGAGACAGGAAGGCAGAUGUAUUGUCAUUUGUCUCAUGAGGAGCGUGUGGAAAAAAUAAAUUUAAUGAUGGGAGAACUGAAGAAAAGCCUAGAUUCUGUUACUGCAGAACACAUGGAAUUAUCGAAACAAAUAAGCGUAGAAGAAUCUGAAGUUGAAAAAGCAAAGUUGGCAUUUCUCAUGGGUCAAGCUGAUGCUAAAGUUCACGGUUUAUCUGUCCUGAUGCUACAUUACUGCUCUAGUCUCCAGCACUCCCAAGAAAAAAUUGUAUAAAUUAUUCGGUUCAAGAAAGCAAAUUUAUCCGGUGAGAACUUCCCAAUAUUUUAGGUGGUCAACCCUUCAAAAUUUGCAAUAUCUUUGCAGCGGAUUCCAAAAAUAUCUAAUAUUUGUUGGCAAUCCUUAGAAAAAAGAAUCUAUUCACUUUAAAGUUUCUCAGCGAACAUUCACAGUGAUACCUGUUUAAGUACCUGUUCAUGUUGAAAUUGAAAGUAUUAUUUAAAAUAAUUCAGGAUUAUUUUCGUUAAGUGGGUUGAAGUGUUACAGAUCCAAAUAAAGAAGGAAAAAUCAAUAGAAUUUUUCAGAUACAAAAAAAUGGCUGAUCUCCUUUUUAAAACUGUUUCGUGUGGGAACGAAACGUCUCAAGGAAGGUCCACAAUUUUGAUUUGACAAAUGAUUAUAUUUAAUAAUGUCGAAUUUCGGAACCACGAAGUACUCAUAAAAAACGAACCUUCUGAACACCUGAAACAGAACAAUUGUACCUGACACGCAAGUUGGUAACCAAAAGUGUUAUAUGAGAGAUUAUCCAAGUUCGGAUGAGUAUGAUUACAACAAGCAGCCCAAAUUUUCAUUAACAUUAACAAGAAGCUAAGAAAGUGGUUGGUGAAUAAUUUUGUCAUCAGUUUGUCACUAAUGUACUUUCUUAGUUUAAUGUUGUAUGAUAAUAUUAAUUUGGGCUGUAUGUGGCAGGCCUAAGCGUAUUUGAAUAACCCACAGUGAAAUAUUGUGGUGCUCUGUAUAAACCCAAUUUUUGCUAUUAUCAGAAAUAUAUUUAAUCUUGUUUGAAGUAAUACAAUAUUUACAAAUUAGACAUUCACGCUUGGUUCACAGAAUAAACUUUUACUUUGUCUUUUAUUUUUACUCAAGACUGAAAUUGAGAUGUCCUAUAAGGUUCUCACAGAAAAAGUAUGCUUGUUUUAUAAAGACAAUAAGAGUAUUUUUCUACAAAAGAAGCAUCAACUAUUUUACGGUUUAUUGUUGAAUAAGUAGCCAAAAUGAUCCAUACUGACACCUCUGGCCAAUCACAGAUGAGCAAAUUAAAUUUUCAAUCCCAAGUAAGCCUUGAGAAUUGCCUACUCCAAAAUACGUUCUCAUAUAGUAAUUACAAUUUUUGAGAAGAUGUGAAAACAUUUUGAAUGAUAAAUUUGUUAAAUAUAAUUUGUUUAUGUAUAUUGUAGAGUUAUGUAUUUGACUACUCUAGUGCAAAAUUCUCUUUGUCAGUAAGGAUAACUUUGGACAACAAAGCAUUAUUAUUUCAAAUACAAAAAGGUCGUACUGGUUUGCCCAUUCCCUGGAACCCCCAUAUUACAGAAAAUAUGCUGCUAUCAAUAAUGAAUGACCAUCCAUGGCAAAAGUGAUCUUUGCUUGAAAGAAUCACGUGCCCCAAGAAUAACAGCGUUCUGCAGUUGUCUGGCCAAGAUUUCCAAAUGGUGCAGAAAGAUAAAUACGUUUAUUGUCCUCAAAAAAAACAAGUUCCUUUUUGACAAACAUUUUUGGAAUAUGUUGAAAUAGCAUAAAAGUAGUGGCUUAAAUCUGAUUUCAUUCAGUCAUUCAUUUAUUUUCAUGUUGUUUUUCAAAUUCUGUCUGCUUCUUCAAGGCAGGGAUGAUAACAUUUGUUGAAGGGUGGGCUAUAAGUUGUAAAAUAUUUUGACAUCUGAAAACGUCAAGUUGUGGAUGCUGGUUUUUGACAGUAUACCCACUGAUAUAAAUAGAGUUUCCUAAAGCAUUUCAAAAUUUAUAUUUUCUCUUUUUGAUAUUUUU